AUGUGGUCUCCGCUCACACCUCUACUGUCCAGUCUUGCACUGGCAGUGACAACUUCUGCCCAAAAUGUCAGCUCUGAAUACCUUGCACCCAACUCGACCGGCUUCCUGAUGAGACAUGGGUGGGAAAACGUCCUUGUCCAACCUUUCGGUUAUGACGGAUUCCGCGUCCGAGCAUGGCCCUUUCGGCCUCCCAAUGGCAACGAGAUCAGUUUCCUAUAUGACCCCCCUCUCGAGGGCCCGGAAAACAACCAGGCUCGCGGCUUCAGUCAUGACUUCACCGUCAAUGGCAACCAGAGUGCCAUCAUCCGGAACGGGAACAUCAUUGUAAAGACGUACGGCCUCGAAGGCGCUCACUACCGCCUGGCCUUCUACCGUAUCGAGCCCGACGGCUCAGAGACGCUGCUCACCAACGAGUUUAACCCGGUCAAGGCGCUGAACCCACGCUACUACUCCUGGACCAGCACGGGCUACGAGUUCUCGGCGGCAUUCUCCUUCAGCACGACGCCGGACGAGCAGAUUUUCGGGACGGGCACGCAGCAGGACUUCAUGCUCAACAAGAAGGGCUCGGUCAUCGACCUCAUCAACUUCAACUCGUACAUCCCGACGCCGCUCUUCAUGUCCAGCCGCGGCUACGGCUUCGUGUGGAACUCGCCCGCGCAGGGCCGCAUGGAGUUCGGCGCGCGCCGCAACAAGUUUACGGCCGACUCGACGACGCUGGUCGACUACGCCAUCGUCUCGGCCCCCGAAGGUGACUACGACGCGCUGCAGCGCAAGCUGACGGCGCUGACGGGGCGGGCGCCGGCGCCGCCGGAUUUCUCUCUGGGCUACCUGCACUCGAAGCUGCGGUACGAGAACCAGACGGAAGUUGAGCAGCUGGCGCAGAACUUCCACGACCGCGGCAUCCCCGUGUCCAUGAUCGUCGUCGACUACGAGUCGUGGGCGCAGAACGGCGACUGGGGGCUCGACCCGGCGCUGUGGCCGGACGUGGCGGGCAUGGCGGCCGUGGUCAAGAACCUGACGGGGGCCGAGAUGAUGGCGUCGCUGUGGCCGGCGGUCGAGGACGACAGCGACAACUACGCCGAGAUGAUGCAGGACGGGCUGCUCGCGGCCACCAUGUCCGGGCCCGGCACGACCGACUCGUGGAACGGCAGCUACAUCCGGAACUACGACGCCACGAACCCGCGCGCGCGCGAGUUCCUGUGGAAGACGCUGAAGCGCAACUACUACGACAAGGGCAUCAAGAACUUCUGGAUCGACCAGGCCGACGGCGGGGCGCUGGGAGAGGCGUGGGAGAACAACGGGCAGACGUCAUACAUCCAGUCCAUUCCGUUCCCACUCCCUCAGGUCUUGUAUCAUGCCGGCACCCAGGCUUCGGUCGGGAAGCUCUACCCCUGGGCCCACCAACAGGCCAUCGAGGAAGGAACCCGCAACGCCACCGGCAAAGAGAUGGGCGCGCCCUGCGACCACGUCUCCCUCAGCCGCUCCGGCUACAUCGGCUCGCAGCGCUUCUGCAGCAUGAUCUGGUCGGGCGACACGGAAGCCAGCUGGGAGGUGCUCGGCAACCAGAUCCCCAACGCGCUGUCGGCCGCCAGCACCGGCUGGUCGUGGUACACGACCGACGCCGGCGGCUUCCAGGCGGACCCGGCCAUCGACUGGUCCAACAACGUCGACCGCCCGCAGUACCGCGAGCUCUACGUCCGCUGGCUGCAGUGGGCCGCCUUCCUGCCCUUCAUGCGCAACCACGGCGCCCGCGACUGCGACACGCAGCACGCCUUCACCUGCCCCAACGAGCCGUGGGCUUACGGCGACGAAAAUACCCCCAUCAUCGUCGCGUACAUCAACCUCCGUUACCGCCUCAGGCCGUACCUGCGCGCCGUCUUCGACGCGUUCUCGCGUUCCGGCCGCCAGAUCAUGCGCCCGCUGUUCGUCGACUUCGGCCGCUCCGACCCCAGCGUCGCGGCUUGGACGCGCGAGAAUCGCAACGUCACAACGCAGCAGUACAUGUUCGGCCCGCGCCUGCUCGUCGCCCCCGUCGUGCUGCCGAACGUGACAGAGUGGCCGGUGUAUUUGCCGAAGACGCCGGGAGAGGGGGACGGCGGGGAGGAGGUGAAGCCGUGGACGUAUUGGUGGACGAACGAGACGUUUGCGGGGGGCCAGACGGUCAAUGUGAGCGCGCCGUUGGAGCAUAUCCCGCUGUUUCAUUUGGGGAGUAGGGAGGAUAUCUUCGCUGGGAACGUGUUUUGA